AUGAUUUAGAGAAAUAAAACUUUAGAGAACAAUAAAAUACCAGAAAAGGUUCCCUUAUAAUUUGAAAUUCAACAAGAUCAUUAAUUUGAUUUGAUUCUCUCAAAGAAUAGAAGCACUCCUUAAAAGAACCACUUUCUUGCGAUAUUUUUAGGAAUUUAAAGUGCUUUAGCUUUUGGAAUACACAAUUACAUUGUAACCUAUGCCAUCAGAAUGCGCUAGCAUUCGUCAAGUAUCGUCUAUUGUGAAUUUUUAACUUUUCUAAUUCAACCCUUUCUAUUGCAUGUGUAUCUCGCAUUCAGGAGUUUCAGAAAGCAUGGCAAAAUAUGGAUCCCUUAAGAAUCAUAAAUAGUAGACAAGUAAACCAAUAAACUUAAGUACAUUUGUCUCUUUUGUGUGGUAAUUAGAGGAAUGAUCUCAGUAUGGUUGAAUAUCAAUAUUGGAAUCAUUGCAUACUACUCUAAAAUGGCUGAUAUAAGUCCCAGUGUGAUACUUUCUACAGUCAGUCUGGCUUCAUUUACAACUGCUCUUGCUUUUUUUAUUUUCUACAAAGAGAAACUAAGCAUCCAACAUCUUAUUGGAAUGGGACUAAUUCUUUUAUGUGUAGUGCUUAUUUCUAUAUCUAAGAGUUUUAGCACUUAAAUAGCAUUAAUUGAAGACCCAAUUUCAGUUCUAAUACCAUUAUUUUUUGCAAUGCUAUCAUGCUUGACUUUGACUACUUCUACUUUAAUUAUAAGGAAAUCCUAAGAGCAUGGCUAUCAUAUUCUAAGAUUUAGUCUUGAUUAACAGAUAGCAGCAGGAGUUUUAUUCUUGGGACUGUUUAUUUAUUCCUGGAAUACAAUGGAGCCAUACACAUGGCCUCAAAUGAUAUUAAUUUAAAUAGCUGUACUCUCGAUUACUGUAGCUAUUAUUUCUUUCAAUUUCGCAAUCUAAUUUGGUAAAGGAGGUAUUAUCAUGUCAAUGAGUUAGCUAUAAAACCUAUUUUAACUCAUUUUUGAAUUUAUGAUUGAAGGAAGAGUUCCAAAUUAUUUUGAGAUCAUGGCAAUUACAUGUGCUCUUGUGGGCUCUAUAACUAUUGGUCUUGCAUAAAAAUGA